UCCUAUUGGAAAAGCAUUUUUUUUUUUUUUCCACUGGCGAUCGGCAGCAGCAUUGCGCGUGCUGGAAUUCUCGUGCAACCGUUCGGCACCAUUGCGCGUGCUACGUCCAGUUGAGCCUGAAUCGGCAAUUUACGACGGCAGUUUCACCGCAACUCUGAGCUGUAUCGCAGCACCAUGGCUUCGAGAAAGCUGGGUAACCAGCACAUUCAAGUUUUUGUACGGUGCCGGCCCCCAAACUCGUUGCAGAAACGCAGUGACUUAAUUGAAGUCGUACCUAAUAAGAAGGCAAUAAACAUUCAUGACAGUGUCGUCCCGGAGCAGAGCCCCAGCAAAGUGUUCGUCUUUGACGAAGUAUUUGGUCCUGACGCAAAGCAGAUAGAUGUGUACCGGGCAGUCAUGGAGCCUACCAUAGCCGAGGUCAUGAUGGGCUUUAACUGCACCGUGUUAGCAUACGGCCAAACAGGUAGUGGGAAGACUUAUACCAUGGAAGGCAAAUUAGGAAACACGAAUUUGAGGAGCUGGCCAAGUGACCCCUGUGCUGGGAUCAUCCCACGUGCAGUGCAACAAAUUUUUGAAGAGGUUCAGUCCCAGGACCACCAAUGUACCGUCACGGUGACAUUCCUUGAGUUGUACAAUGAGCAACUCUUUGACCUGCUUGGUACCAAGAACGAAAAGGAGAUGAAAAUCUUUGACGACCCAUCAAAUAAGGGCGCAGUCAUUAUCAAAGGCCUAGAGGAGAUCACGGUGCACAACCGUGAAGAAGUGCUCUUCAUACUCCAGAAAGGGGCUGCGAAACGUCGAACUGCAGCUACACUUCUCAACGCGACAUCAUCACGUAGCCAUACCCUAUUCACGGUCACAAUUCACAUCCGCGAGAUGACACAGGAUGGCGAGGAGCUGGUGAAAACCGGCAAGCUCAACCUCGUUGACCUUGCGGGGAGUGAAAACAUUGGCCGCUCUGGGGCAAUUGACAGGAGAGCACGUGAAGCAGCCAACAUCAACCAGUCGCUCCUUACGUUGGGUCGUGUCAUAACUGCCUUGGUGGACAAGGGACCACACGUUCCGUACAGGGAAAGCAAGCUGACUCGGCUCUUGCAGGACUCUCUGGGUGGCCACACAAAGACUUCCAUGAUAGCGACAAUCUCGCCUGACAUGGCCAAUCUGGAGGAGACCUUGAGCACGCUGGACUAUGCCCAUCGUGCCAAGAACAUCACUAACCGUCCGGAAGUGAAUCAAAAGAUGACCAAGCAGGCACUCAUCAAGGAGUACAUCGAGGAGAUUGAGCGUCUCCAGAAAGACCUGGCCGCAACCAGAAAUAAUAAUGGUGUUUGUGUGGACCAGGAAAACUACAGGACCAUGGAGCAGAGACUUGCCAGCCAGUCGCAAGACAUCUUGGAAAAACAAGCGCAAAUAGAGUCCCUAAAUGCAAAGCUUCUGACUGUAACAGAACUCUUUGAGAAAACAAAGCAACAAGUGGCUGAAGCUACUGAACAGCUCCAUGCAACAACAGCUGAGCUGCACAGCGCAAAGAUUAGCUUGGUUGCAACAGAGCAGGUGCUAUCCAAAACAAGUAUUGAGAAAGAAGAGCAGGCUUACCUUGUGCAGGCCCACUGCAAGACGGAGGCUGUGCUUACUGCAACUGCUCAAGAGUUGGUUGGCGUGGCACAGACCACCACAACCGACAUUGACCUGCUGCAGCAGAAGCUUCAGCGCACAUCUACCAUUGACCAGACGAACAAGGAACGGCAAGAUAGGUUUGCCGCCAGCUCAAGUGUGCUUUUUGAUGAAAUUGAAUCCAGUUUCACCACACAGCUUGCUUCUCAACGGGAUACGCUCACUGGCAUUGGAGGCUCAUUCACCUCUCUUAGCAGCCUCAUUCAGGAACAUCAAGCUGCUGUUGCUGCAUACACGUUGGAAGCCAGGAAGUUUGCUGAUGAGAGUGCGGCAGCUAAUGCCUCUAUCUUCUCAUCACUGCUGUCCACGGUGCACGCUUCCCAGGAGCAGCAGGCAGAUCAGAUGGCAGGUGACUUGGCCAACAACCAAGCAAGGCUGCAAAAGCUGUGCCAAUGUCUCGUUGUGGAGCGCAUGCAAGCAGCACAAAACAAGCUGCAAGAGCUGGAAAAGCACCAAAUGGCUCUGGGGGAGCAGGUUGCAUCAGUGUGCCGCCUUGUCUCGGAUGAGGUCACUGCGCACUACGAUCAGCAGUUGCGCCUCAUAACAUCUCUGAUCAAGGAAAAUGAGAAAUUGGAACGGCAGUUGGUUGCCAAGAAUCAAGUUAUCCAGAGACAUUCAACUGAAGUAAAGAAGAAUAUGGCUGCUUUUAGGCAGCAGUUCGAAAACUUCUCGCAUUUGUUUUUUACAUCACAGGCUACGAACAACGACACCAUUGCCGAGAUCAGUGGAUUGUCGGCCAAGGUUGUGGAAUUAGGCACUGUGCAGACAUCAGCCAUCAAGAGCAAUGCAGAAUCGCUGGCGAAAUCCUCGGGAGGCCUUGUUUCCAGCGUUGCGGCUCUGCACCAGGAUGGCGCCAAGGCAGCGAGCGAUUGCUUGGCUAGGGCAGAAGAGGCCGCCCGCAGCCUUUCCGACAUUCACAGGGUUGUGGAAGAGAGCAUUUUUGAUGAGGUGGCUUCAACAUCUACUAUUCUAGCAGAGCAGAAGAAAGUUGCUGAUAAUAGAAGGGCAGCCUGCAUUAGUGGCAUCUCGGAAGCUGUGUCUGCUGGAACACACAUUGCACAAAGACAAGCUGACAGAGCUAAGGCUUUGACUGGCGAUUUGGAGACCACAGAAUCUCAUAGCUGCGGCCAGCUUUUGUCCGAGUGCCAGUGUGGCACUGUGCAAAGCGCACAUGCACUGGACAUUUCUGAAGCUCUUCGUGCAGGCAUUGCUAGCAACAUGGCAAAAUGCUCCUCGCUGGUCUCGGACUUCUUCCGGAAUGAUCUACAGGAGUAUGUCCCCACAGGCUGCACUCCACAGAGGCAAGAAUACCGAUAUCCAACAGAGUUGGCACAGACAUCACCUCAUGAGCGAAUCCUGAAUAGGCUCAGGACUGCCACCGAUUUUAACGCUGCAGCUCGCCUAGCGCUGCCUACAUCUGAUGAGGUAAUUGCAUUUGUGUACGUCAUGGCUGCUGCACACACAAAAUACAUGGGCAUUCUACUUACAGUGUAA